GAACCAUCCAGCCGAGUGCAGACCGAUUGCAGAGAACAAACGAAUUGGCAAUAUUCUUACUUGGUAUAAGAAAUAGGUAUAACUUCAUUCUCUGUUUGCGUUUCAUCAGCCUACCAUACGACACAGCGUUUCACUUCAUUUCACUUUUCACAGUUGAAAUCACACAUCGACGCAACACCCACAUUGUGACUGAAAAAAAGAAGAACAUCAAGAAUUGAUUGAGAAUUAACGAUGUUCAAGAAGGCGGUGGAAGCAAAGUCUCAGCAGAGACUAUCCGGUGCCGAUAGGAAAAAGCUAAAACGAACCGUUAAAGACAAAUUCCCAAGAGCUUCUGAUUCUGACCUAGACACCUUACUUCCUCCUAAGGCAGAGAUAACAGUGGCCAAGUUUCAGAACCGCGUUCAUGUGUAUGCUGUGGAGGGAGGCUUUCCUGUGUUUUUCGAUAUUGAUGGCCGUGGUUCAGACAUUUUCCCAACAGUUUAUGCUCUCUGGAUGGUCCCUGAGCUGCUGCCGGCUUUCAUACUCAAGGGUGGUGAGGUUUCUCGGUAUGUCAUAGGUGGAGCUGACUUGAUGUUCCCUGGUAUACAUGUGCCUCCAGAAGGUCUUCCAUCAUUUGCGGCCGGGGAAACAUGGGCGGUUAAAGUACCUGAAAAUCCUGCUCCCAUUGCGGUUGGGAGUACCAUGAUGAGCAGUGCUGAAGCAUUGAAAGCUGGAUUGCGUGGAAAAGUGCUGAGAAUAACUCAUUAUUAUCGCGAUUUGCUUUGGGAAUCAGUUGAGGGCCGAUUUGUGCCUAAUGAAGGUUUUUUGGAAGAUGUUGUGUUUGGGCAUCCUUCUUUAGUAUCAUCACCUUCUCAUGAUUCUGAUUUGACCGAGUCUGCUUGUGAGACAUCAAAUGACCGACAAAACAACACGAACAAUGAUGAAGCGGAGGGAUCUCUAGAUGUAAAUGAGUUACCAGCUGACUCAAGCCAUGCAUUGACCACACGCAACAAUGAUGAAAAUACGGCAGAUCAAAUAACUGCUCGCGUGGGUGAUUUGAAGUUACCUGGUAGUGAUUCCCCUAAUGACUCAAAUGACCAACAUACUUUAUCAACUUCAGAUAUAGAUUUGCUGUUAGAUAAGUGCCUUUUGCAAGCUCUGCAUACAACACUGAAGGACAAAGACCUUCCCAUGCCCGGAAGCACUCUAUGGUCAAACCAUGUAUUGCCAUGUAGGCCUUCAGGAAUGACUUUAGACAUCAAGAAGUCAUCCUACAAGAAGUUAUCUAAGUGGUUACAAGCAAAAGCAUCCUCUGGCUUGAUAUCAGUGAAAGAAGAUAAGCAUAAAAAAGAAGUCGUGUUAUUUUCAGUUAACCAAAAACAUGCUGAUUAUUCAUCCUUUAAGCCUGAAAAAAGGCCAGUGGAGAAAACUGACCAAUCCAGUGUCCACUCUGUCGAUGAAAUUCGUUCGUCCAAAACUCUGGAAGUGGCUGAAAUCUACAAGCCAAGUGUACAUGUCAAUCCCAUAUUUUCAUCUGUAGGAGCUGCUGUAGGGACACUUUUUACUGCUUCUGAAGCCUCGGAUAUUGUCUUCACAUACGUUGAAAAAGAAAAUCUUGUGAAACCAACCAAUAAAUCCAUGGUGGUUCUAGAUGCAAUAUUAUGUGAUGCACUGUUCAAGGGGGCAAUUAAAAAAGGAACUACAUAUCCUACAGAAAUUCACAAGAAAGAUUUAGGAGCGACAUUUGUCAGCCGAAUGCAACCUCACCAUGUUGUGACUAGAGGGAGUGAAUGUGUAGUUCGUAAAGGUGCACUUAAAACAAUGCAGAUAUUGACCGAACGAAGGCAAGGCAACAAGAAGGUAACCAAACUCUCUGGUCUGGAAUCAUUUCUUAUAGAUGCUGAAGCAUUAGCAUCAGAGCUGCAGAAGAAAUUUGCUUGCAGUACUACUGUUGCAGAACUACCAGGUAAGAAAGGGCAUCAGGUUCUGGUUCAAGGUGGAGUUAUUGAUGACCUUGGAAAGCAUUUGAUUGAACAAUAUGGAGUUCCAAAGAGAUUUAUUGAAGUUCUUGAUAAAACCAAGAAAUGAGCUAUACAUAAAUGUGGUUGUUGUAGUAGUAGUUGGUAGCAUUGCUGGAAAUGCUUGCUUGGAUUCAGGAAAUAUAAUACAUUUUUUCUCUUUUUCAUACAUCGAUACUAUUUAUUAGGUUGAAGUGAAUACAGAAAAGAGUAAACUCAGAAUAGGAGUUGAAGUGAAACUCUGAAUGGGAAACACGACCGUUGAGAUAAAUCAGCUUGUUCAGUUGAGGCAUUAUCGCUCUUUUUCCGUA